AUGCCAACUAUAUCGAAUGUGACUAUGGUUGGUGAUCUCUUCUUACGUACCACGCUCGCACGUAGUCUGGCUGGUUUCUUUACAUGGGCCGCUCUCAUCAUCACAUCCUACCAGAUAUAUCAACACCUACGAUGGUAUUCUUGCCCAACCGAACAACGCUGGAUAGUGAGAAUAUUAUUCAUUGUACCAAUGUAUUCAUUAGAUUCGUGGCUAAGUUUAUUAUUUUUAUCAAAUAAUGUUUAUGUGUAUUUCAAUGCCAUCAGAGAUUGCUAUGAAGCAUUUGUAAUCUACAGCUUUUUGAGUCUUUGCUACGAGUAUUUGGGUGGUGAGAGUAAUAUCAUGGCUGAAAUACGUGGAAAACCAAUUCGUCCAACAAACUAUUACACGUUGACGUGUUGUUUGGCUGGUAAGCAAUACACGAUUGAAUUUCUACGAUUUUGUAAGCAAGCAACGUUACAGUUUUGUAUUAUAAAACCGAUUAUGGCCACCUUAACAGUGAUUCUAAUGAUGCUUGGAAAGUAUGAGGACGGUAAUUGGAGUGGCGAGCAAGGUUAUCUCUACAUAACAAUCGUUUACAAUAUAUCCAUAUCGUUGGCCCUGUAUGGACUGUUUCUGUUCUAUACGGCCACACGUGAUCUACUAUCUCCAUAUCGUCCAGUACUGAAAUUUUUAACUGUUAAAUCAGUUAUAUUUUUAUCAUUUUGGCAAGGUACUCUGUUGGCCGUUCUUGGCUCAACAUCCGCAAUUGAUCCGGUUUAUGAUGAGGAUGGCCAAGAGGUUAUGUCGCGUGGCACUGUGGCCGCAGCUUGGCAAAAUUUCUUCAUUUGCAUCGAAAUGUUCUUCGCGGCGAUCGCGUUGCGUUUCGCAUUCUCGAUUAAUGCUUACAUUGAUGCGACCAGCAUGAACCCGAAUGUUGACGGACGUCCAGUAACACUUCAGAGCAUUAGCAGUUCAUUAAAAGAAACAAUGAAUCCGAAAGAUAUUAUGCAAGACGCUAUUCACAAUUUCCAUCCACAAUACCAACAAUACACACAGGGGAUAAUGAGCGCUAGAUGGGAUGACGAAGAGAAUACUGAGCGAAGAUUAGCGACAUCGGUAAGUGGUGGAACAAAUUACUCAACUAUGGCUUAUACUGGGCCGAAUGGUGUCAGUACGCCCACCACACCAAUUAAACAAUAA